AUGACUUCUACCCGCCGCAACGGGCAGGCUCUGCCAUGCGAGCCCUGCCGCAAAGCCAAAAUCCGCUGCGAUGGUGCCACCCCAACAUGCCAGAAUUGCGUCCGUCGUAACAAGGGAGACAGCUGUGCUUACACGCCCGUUCCGGCUUCUCGUACCUGGUACUCGGACAAUGCUCCCUCGCCCACCGCAUCACCUCGUCCCCAAACAGCCCAACCCCGCCCCGACUCCGCUGCUCUCCAGAAUCGAGCCUCCUUCAACGCCGGCGACGACAAAUUAUCUUUCGAUUUCGCCACCAAUAAAUCAGCGACCUUUAGCGACAUCGGCGACCAAUUCAAACGCUCCCUGGUCAUUGAUGCGCCCUCCGCGGCUCGGCCCGAUACGAAGCAGAUCCAGCUUGGCGCUCGACUGCUCACCUUACUGUUUGAGCAUUUCGCACUGUAUGAGCGACUGUCUGAAACGGCCGUCGAGGUCUGGCCCGAGGGAUGUGUCCUGGGUCAUCGGCUGGUGAGCGGGAUGUUUGAGGCGUUGGAGGAUUUGCAUGGGUCGCUGGCUGCGGAUGCGAAGGACUUGCAGUCGAGUUUGCUUCGCUGGUCGCAAAAGAUCUUUGAGGAUAGUUCUAAGCCACUGGCUGUUCAGCCAACUAUGUCGCCGGAUGACUAUAUUCGUCGGAUUUCCGGACGGUGGGAGGGUAUCGGACUGGUGUUUACGAUCGUUGGUCAGGGCGCUAUGCUUGAGCGGGAUUGGAGGUCUAUCCGUUCGAGUGAGGCUAAUGUGCCGAGGGAUCAGAAGUCACUUGCCGCUCAGGCUAUUAGUGCGAGUGAUGCUUGUUUGCAAUUUUGUGAUCUCUCUACGGCUGUCAAUGAUCCGUUGGGGUGGUUGCUUUUUCAGCACAUUCAUCUUUUGACGUUGGUGUGUGGGGAGA